CUUUUCUCUUGAGACUGGUGUGGAGUAACUGCUUAUUGUAAAGGAUUACAUGACUUCCCAUAUUGCAUGAAUCAUGUAUUGCGAUGCCCAGGACAUAGAGAGGGGCACGGACACUGAAGAUCGACAGAUAUGUUAAACAACACAAUUGGAUAUUUACAGAUCUAGGUAAAAUAAAAGGAAUCCAGGGAGCUUGAGGGAUCUGAGAAUCAGAGAGAGGAGGUGCUGGGAUCCGAGUGUUAUAUAACGACCAGCAACCGGAGAAAAUGAUCUUCAAGCAACACCAGUUGGGUUCCUGGACUUCUGUGUCAGUUCUCCUCGGUGUGUUGGUGGAUGUGUCCAGUGGAGUGACAAAAAUUCAGCUGAUCCCUCGGUAUCCGGUCAUCGGGAGAUCUGUCACUCUGAGUGUUACUGGGAUUACUGGAACAAUUCAGUCUUUUGCUUGGUAUAAAGCACCAAAAGCAGACAUAGAUUAUCAAAACUCAACAUAUUUUCGUGAUGAGAAUAUUAUUGGACCUCUGUACAACAAUAGUAGGAUGACAACUUUCCCCAAUGGAUCUCUACAGAUCUCCAACCUAAAUAGAACUGAUGAGGGGAAUUACACAGUGAUGAUACAAACAGAUACAAAUCAAAAAAAUAUGACUGUAUACUUGAAAAUCUAUGACACGGUUGGUAAACCUACAAUCAAAACCUCUACCUCACUUCCCAAAGAAAAUAUUACAGUCACCCUCACCUGUACUUCUACUAAUGCGGAGAGGAUAGUAUGGAGCAGGGUCCCCUCUGGGGCCACUCUCCCUUCUAGGGCCACUCUAUCUCCAGAUAACAGGACUGCCUCCUUCUCCAGGAUUAAACGUUUGGACUCAGGAGAUUAUAGGUGCCAGGCUAAUAACCCUGGCAGUAAUAAGUACAGUGAUCCAGUCACAAUAACCGUAGCGUAUGGCCCAGAAAACGUGAAAGUAAAAGUCAAGCGCUCACCUUCAAAUUCUUUCAUUGUAUUAGAAUGUUCCGCUGAUUCUGUCCCACCAGCCACUUACCAUUGGAGACUAAAUGGGACAAAUCUAAAAAAACAGCAGAGCCAGCUUCGGGUAGAGAAAAAGAAUGAGGGGACUUACACAUGUGUGGCCAAUAAUACAGUGACACGGUAUAAUGCCAUGGAUUCCAUAUUUGUAAAUGAAACAUUCGGUAAGUAUAAGAAUCAUCGGCAACCAGAGCAGAAUUCUAUCACUAAAGCCUUAAACUAUCCUUGCCAUGAAGAAUUGACAGACACUAACUAUGAGACAUCCAACAAUGGAAUUAUCUUUGGAAUUGGAAUUGGAAUUGCAGUUGUGUUACUGCUGGUUCUUGUCGCUGUGUUAGCUUACUUUUUUGCCAGACACAGACAACACAAAAAGAAGUGUAGCACACAGGAUGAAGUUACGAUGCAACCAAUCAGUGCAAACAACGAAGGCCCAGUUUAUGAAAAUGUAACUGUUCCUCAAGCCCUGCCCGGAACUCAGGUGCAAGCAACCCAAGAAUCUCUCAUAUAA